UUUGCUAUUCCUCAUAAAAAAAAUAUUUUGUUACAUAACUCACUGACCUUAUUAAAAAAAAACGAAAAAAUGCCGCCUUUGCUCAUUGACAUCCCCCAGAUGAUUGACUUGGCUCUAGGUACACCAGAAAUCGGUGUGGUCAACUUCACCGUGCUCCACAGUCUCUUACAUGCCAUGACAGAGAUCCUUAACUUGGACAAAUAUCGUGUGGAAUUCAGAGGAAAUCAAGGGGUGAAAAUUGAGAAGCUCAUUCACCAUAUUCCUCUUCUACCGAUCGUUACAGUGCAGGAGUUCAAUGUGGAGAGCAGUACAAGCGAGGACCAGAAAGUUGUAAGAAGGACACCAGUGGCAAAGAAAAAGACUGAUAAGUACGAAAGAAUCCUCGUGAUUAGAAAAACCGACGAAAUUGACGAUGAGGGUGGUUCAAUAUCAAGUCGGGUCAGACGAUCUGUCCAGCAACCAGUGCAAAUUGUUUCCCAGGACGACUUCAGAAAAUUGGACCCUCGCAGGGGUACCAGUAUUCAUGAUCCUAUUGGACGUUACCUUCCUAAUAAUCAAGAAGUCUUCGACUCAGCAAGAGGAGAAAGCGAGGAUAGUCGAAAUCCUGUCGGAGAGAUGUGGCACACAUUGAACGUUAUUAAAAGAGUAGACGCAACCGAGAUUGCCAUCGAAAAGCUAACGUCCAUGAUGCGUGAUGUGUCUGACGAAUACCGAAAACUGAAAAACGCAAUGGACAGGGUUUCGGCUAUGUCCGAUAUAUCCCACUUGGCGGAUAAAAUUGACAUUCUUGAGAAAAUGAUUCACGACCAUUUUAGUAAGCAAUCAUCGGAUAGAAGAGGAGGGAAAUCUACAGAAAGGACUGCGGGUGGGGGUGGAAGUCCUCCGUCAACAGGUGGUCCUGUAUCAAAACACCAAACAAUUCAGAGCAGUCAGGCCACUGACGCAAGAACUGGUACCGUAGCAGCCGGUUCCAAUGUAGGCCAGCAGCCACCAGACCGCCGAACAGCCCAUGAUUCUCAUGCAUCAACCACAACGGAGAAAGGUGGAGUUGUCCGCGAGAGUGGUCCACAUGAAAGUGAUCCUGCAAUUACGCCUCGGCACAGCGGUGCUGAUGAUUUAUAUGACGAUUUCUACGAGCUCAAAAAUGAAGUUGAAAAAUUAAAAGGGACAGUUGAGCAAAUCCUCGGUUACCCGAAGAACUCUGAAGCAUCACAAAAUUUAACCACUGCCGUGACAGGACCUUCUCAAAUGAUUCCUGGUGUGGCAGGGAAAACACCUGGAGACACUAGAGAUCUAGGUCGUCGCAUGGAACUUCUGGAAAAUAAACUCAACACUAUCGAGCACCAAAUUUUCGAUUUGGAGAAAGAAUUUGCAGAGUUGGUGGAUCGAUUUGAGGAUGAAGAUCGCCCGAAUGCCGGCUUGAAUGCAGACGUUACAGGAAUAGCUGACAUCUAUGCCAAAGUGACUGGAAUGAAAACUGAUUUGGAUACUACAAUGGAUCGAUGCAAUUUCCUUAUUGUUGAGAGAGACCAGAUUGUGGAGAAUAUUGAAAGCCUUUCAAAGAAGAUAGAGGAGUUCAAGAAUAUAAAGGUGGAUAAGGACGAAAUCGAUGAAUUACUUGCAGAGAAGGCUGACUAUAAUAUGCUUCAACGCAAGGUGUCCGUCGACCAGUUCGAUGCUACCAAGCGCCACUUAACUAACGGAUUAGUGGAAGCUCUAGACAAACUUACCGAGCAAAGUAAAAAUUGGCAGUCAGCGUUCGACGAAAUUCGUACCAUGACUGAGGAUAAAGUGGGUCGUGAUGAGCUGAAUCCACUGAAAGAUUACGUUGACUCCAAGAUCCAUGCCCUACAAGAACGACUGAAAGCACUGGCUGCUCUUCGACGUGACCCUGAAGCUGCAGGAACAAGGUCGAAAUAUCUUCGACAGGUCAACUGUAUAUCAUGUGAUCAGGAUGUUAUCAUGCGAAUAGAUGAGCCAAGUGGAGUUACAAGAAGUGAAGCAAUGCCGGCUCCAUCUUCAUUGAAGCCAUUCUUAGUUUAUGAACUGGAUUCAAUUAGGAAACAAAUGAAAGAUCCAAACACUCGAAACCUUCGUCACUUCGAAACCAUGACUAAGGAAAAGCCCCAACUUAUGGCAGACGGGCGUGCCAGGAAGCCGGCGAAUCGUUACUGCGGUGGAAGUCACACUAUCCUAACUCCACAAGAUAGAGUUCAACGGUGUAAAUUCAAUAAGAAACUGAUUCCUACCGAAUGUUUCAUCAAAACAAAUGAAGGCUGCUACUAUAAAGCUAUGAAAAAGGAGUGCAUAUGCUCGGACAAAAAAGAACAACAGGAGAAAAUCCAGGAUCUUAGAAGCACUACUUCAUCGAAGCCUGAAAUAAGGUCCGAAGGGGCUGCUAGUGACAGACAACCGAAAGCUGAAGUUAUAAAACAAAUCACUAGUAUAAGAUCAUCAAAGUCGGAGAUGCAAAAAGAGUCACCCACUGUAAGUGGGAGAGGGUCGUACCGAAGUGUAAAAUCUAGAGAAGGCAUUCAAGCAGUUAGAUCGCUACUAGGAGGAGAAGAAGCGGAGGCAGAAGUUUGCGAUUUGGUUACUAGUGAAAUUCCUGAUGAAGCGGCAGCAGAAGAACAAGCAGCCGAUGAGCAAAAUGCAGAAGCAGAAGUAGCAGAUGAAAUGCAGCCUGAAGGGGCACAACCUAGAGGAUCAGUAGCUGGUCAGUCACAAGCUAGAGGAUCAGUGGCUGGACAAUCACAACCUAGAGGUUCACUAGUUGGGCAGUCACUAGCUGGAGAGACACAGCCUAGAGGUUCACUAGUUGGGCAGUCACCAGCUGGAGAGACACAGCCUAGGGGAUCACUGGCAGGUCAAUCACAAGUGAGACUAUCACAUGCUGAAGAGGAACAAACUAGACGACUAUCACAAACUGGAGAAGCACACACUGGACAAUCGCAAGGUGCGGAAGCACAAAUUACAGAUUCACCUCCUGCAGAAGGACAUUUAGGAGAGAAGCAAGCUGAAGAAGAGGUAAAUAUUGCAACGAAGGUAGGGGAUGAAAUUACAGAACAACAGCAGAUGGAUGAAGUCCAAGUUGAACCACCAAAACGGGCAUCACAAGGAUCCUUUGCCACUUCGAAAACAUCUGCAAUGAGUACCCAAAAGCAACCUGAUGUAAUUCUUGAAGAAAUGCCAGAAAAAGAUGUGGAAAGUGAGAAAGAAGAGUAAAUUGUUAAUGCUAUUAAUGGUAAGUGGCGGGAAAAUAUAAGAAAGAUUUUGUCAUAGCUGAUAUGUGUAUUAAGUUUUGUAAAUUGACUAUGAAGUGGAUGUUGCU